UGGAACAACACGUCUAGCAGGAUGGAGGACUCAGACACAGCGAUGCUGUGUCCAGAUAGCAUGCGUGUCCUGGACUCUGUGAAGGCGGCGGUGCACGGAGCGUCGUCUUUCGCCACGGGGUACUUCUGCUACCUCAUCGUUGUCACGGUGAGGCACACGCACGAGCUGCGCUCCAAGGCUUCCUUCCUGCUCCUCUGCCAGCACUGCACCUGCAUCGCCGCCUUCAACGCUGCCGGCUGCAUCCUCCACUCCGUCCGGGCCUCCCGAGUCCCAGCGCCACGCCUCUUCUGCUGGCUCGUGUUCGACCUCCAGGUAGUGGCGGCGCGCGGAGCAAUGAUGAACCUCACCCUCAUGGCGCUCAACGCCUGCCUGUCCGUGCUGCAGCCGCUACACUACCGGGCGCUGGUACGCUGCAUUCAGAGGCCCGUCAUGGUGGUGGUGUGGCUCCUGGCUCUGCUCAGUCCCGUGCUGUUCACCGCCCUGGCUGGGGCGCGGCUGGGCUGGGAGGGGGCACUGGUGCUGGAGGAGGAGUGCUCCACGGCGCUGGAGGGCUGGGCGUCGCGGCUGAGUAGCCUGGUGUUGCUGGGUCUCCUGGUGCUGCUCAUCCUCCUCAGCAACGCCCUGCUCGCCAUGGAGAGCUGCCGGGCCGGACACUUCACCAGGUCCAACAGGAGGGUCCGCCGCACCGCGCUGAUCCACGCCCUGCAGAUGAGCUUCCACAUCCUGCCCCUCGUGGUCAUCAUCUCUCGGGUCCGCCUCGGGCUCCUCGCCCGGGUGCUCAACUUCCUGGUGUUCUCUGUGUCGCAGUCGGCCAGUCCCGUGGUGUACGGGCUGCGCUGCCGGGAUCUGUGGGAUUACCUGCCACGCUUCCUGCCCGGCUGGGCGCUGAGGCUGCGGAGCUGGUACCACACCUUGUCUGCAGGUAACAGCACUGGUAACAGCACUGGUAACAGCACUGGUAACAGCUCCAGUAACAACACCAACUUGGGUCCGGCUACAGAUACCACCUUCAUUAGUAGGAGCUCUGACGACUCGACAGACGUCAUCCACAUCAUGACGUUCAACGCUGGGGAGGAGGCCGUGGGAGGCCAGGACAGCACGAGGCUGGGACAGCACGAGGCUGGGGAGGCAGCCUUGGGAGGCUGGGACAGCACGGGGCCGGAACCUGUACAAGCGAGACCUGCUCUGGGUGCUCGUCAGGAAGGUGAGACACACACAGAGAUCAGAGGAGACUCAUGAACUGGACGUGUUCUGAACUCAGACAUGCCAAAGCACACAC